AGUUGGGUUGCUUGAGUGCCGCGCCGCCGCGGAGUUCCGGGCAGAGCGGCGGGCGGGUGGUGGGGAGAGAGCGGUGGCCGCGAGGCGCAGGGGAAGGUCUGCAGGGCUCCAGCCUCCCGAAGAGAGCCUUUGCCUAGCCCGGGGCUAGGUCUGAGCUGUGGCGAGGCGACAGCGCCGAGCACACCAAAGAGGAGGCGGCAGCGGCGGCCCCAGCCAUGCUGUGCUAUGUGACGAGACCGGACGCGGUGCUGAUGGAGGUGGAGGUGGAGGCGAAAGCCAACGGCGAGGACUGCCUCAACCAGGUGUGUAGGCGAUUGGGAAUCAUAGAAGUUGAUUAUUUUGGACUGCAGUUUACUGGUAGCAAAGGUGAAAGUUUAUGGCUAAAUCUGAGAAACCGGAUCUCCCAGCAGAUGGAUGGGCUAGCCCCUUACCGGCUUAAACUGAGAGUCAAGUUCUUUGUGGAGCCUCAUCUCAUCUUACAGGAGCAGACUAGGCACAUCUUUUUCUUGCACAUCAAAGAGUCCCUCUUGGCUGGCCACCUCCAAUGUUCCCCAGAGCAGGCCGUGGAACUCAAUGCCCUCCUCGCCCAGACCAAGUUUGGAGACUACAACCAGAACACUGCCAAAUACAACUAUGAGGAACUGUGUGCCAAGGAGCUCUCCAGCGCUGCCUUGAACAGUAUUAUUGCUAAGCAUAAGGAGUUGGAGGGGACCAGCCAGGCUUCUGCAGAAUACCAGGUUUUGCAGAUUGUAUCAGCCAUGGAGAACUAUGGUGUAGAGUGGCAUUCUGUGAGGGACAGCGAAGGACAGAGACUCCUCAUUGGUGUUGGACCUGAAGGAAUCUCCAUCUGCAAAGAUGACUUCAGCCCAAUUAAUAGGAUUGCAUACCCUGUGGUGCAGAUGGCCACCCAGUCAGGAAAGAAUGUUUACUUGACGGUCACCAAGGAGUCAGGGAACAGCAUCGUGCUGUUAUUUAAGAUGAUCAGCACCAGGGCAGCCAGUGGGCUCUACCGAGCUGUCACUGAGACGCAUGCCUUCUACAGGUGUGACACGGUGACUAGUGCCGUCAUGAUGCAGUAUAGCCGAGACCUAAAGGGCCACUUGGCAUCAUUGUUUCUGAAUGAAAAUAUUAACCUUGGCAAGAAGUAUGUCUUUGAUAUCAAAAGAACAUCAAAAGAGGUCUAUGACCAUGCCCGGAGGGCUCUCUAUAAUGCUGGUGUUGUGGACCUGGUUUCAAGGAGCAACCACAGCCCCCCAAACUCCCCGCUGAAGUCCUCAGAAAGCAGCAUGAACUGCAGCAGCUGCGAGGGCCUCAGCUGCCAGCAGACCCGCGCGCUACAGGAGAAGCUGCGCAAGCUGAAGGAGGCCAUGCUUUGCAUGGUGUGCUGCGAGGAGGAGAUCAACUCCACCUUCUGCCCCUGUGGCCACACUGUGUGCUGUGAGAGCUGCGCCGCGCAGCUACAGUCCUGUCCAGUCUGCAGAUCGCGUGUGGAACACGUUCAGCACGUCUACCUUCCAACCCACACCAGUCUUCUCAAUCUAACUGUGAUCUGAUCUUUUGUGCAUUUAUUUGACAUACCACGUUGCCAUGAACUACACUGUUAUGAACUAUAAAAAUAAUAGAUUGUGAAGAAGAGAAUUAUUCCAACACCCAUUUGCCAUGUGAAGUU